UUUCUCUUACAAAAGCACUUGAGUUCACUAUCCAGAAAAAGCACAAGUACUAAUCAUCAGUAUGGAUAUCUUCUCUCACUACUCAGAUGAAGAAUUAAUGCUGGCUUCGAGCAAUCCGAAGAAGCGGGCUGGUCGGAAGAAGUUUCGGGAAACACGGCACCCUGUUUACCGUGGAGUUAGGAGGAGGAAUUCGGGCAAGUGGGUAUGCGAAGUGAGGGAGCCCAACAAGAAGACUCGGAUUUGGCUCGGUACAUUCCCCACAGCCGAAAUGGCAGCGCGUGCACACGACGUCGCAGCACUUGCUUUGAGAGGCCGUUCCGCUUGCCUCAACUUUGCGGACUCUUUGUGGCGGCUGCCGGUGCCGGUUUCUGGAGAUCCCAAGGAUAUACAGAAGGCGGCUGCCGAGGCAGCGGAAUCGUUUCGACCAGCGGAGGAGGGCAGUGUUUCCAGGGACGAUAUGAAGACCGAACGCACCACGGAGGCAGCGACGGAGGAGGUAUUUUACAUGGACGAGGAGGCGGUUUUUGGUAUGCCGAGUUUGUUGGCUAAUAUGGCGGAAGGGAUGUUGCUGAGUCCACCUCACUGUGUGGGUGAUUGGAAUAGUGGUGAUGACUUGGAAAGUGACGCUGACAUGUCAUUGUGGAGCUAUUCAAUAUAAUAUUGAUUUCGUCCAAAUAUAUACAUAGGGGUGUUUUCUUUUUUUGGGAUAUAUACAUAUGCGUGUUAUUAUCUAGAUAGAGUGGCUAGUGUGUACAUGAGACCGUACUUGAUAUUUUUUUGGGCAGUACGGGUGAUAGUGAACUAUUGGGUCCUCUCAAUUAUGUGAGAUUUUUCUUUUCUUUUUUUGUAUGCAAUUAUGAAAAAUAUUUGUACGAGGGAAAUGCCUAAAGCCCCGUAAGCAAAGAAAAGUCAAUAAAUUAAGAGAGUAGUUUGAAAUUA